CCUUCUUCACCAACAAAGCAAACUUACUCACAUCGCAGCAUCAGGAACCAAAGAUUCCUUCGACCGUCGCAUGUUGCAUCCCCAUCUCCCAUUCCAAACAAAGCCAUUAUCUAUUGAAAGAAAGAGAAAGCGAAUCAGAAAGUAAAAAAGAGAGAAUGGGGUUUGGUUUGUUAGCUUCGAAGGUCCUCAGACCCACCUCGAGGCUCCUCCUCUCUUCCCAAAACCCUACCGUCUUCCUCCGGACCAUCGUCUCCAAGCCUCAGCUGUGCAGCCCCGAGGCCUCCGCCGCGCAGCGGGAGCGGCCGCCGCGGACUCCUGACGAGCUAUCGAUCGAGGAAGAAGCCGAAAGGAAAGUUGGAUGGCUAUUGAAGACGAUCUUUUUUGUGACUGCCGGGGUUGCAGGAUACCAUUUCUUUCCUUACAUGGGAGAUAAUUUGAUACAACAGUCUGUUUCGCUUUUGCGUGUCAAGGAUCCCUUGUUCAAAAGGAUGGGAGCUUCUAGAUUGACUCGUUUUGCUAUAGAUGAUGAAAGAAGAAAGAAGAUAAUUGAGCUGGGUGGAGCUCAAGAACUCUUAAAUAUGUUAAGCACAGCGAAAGAUGACCGGACACGGAAAGCAGCAUUGCAAGCUCUUGAUGCACUAUUACACUCAGAUGAAGCUCUAGCAUCCAUGCAUCAGAUCGGGGCUGUUUCAAUAAUUAGGUCUCUACCAAAUUCACCUGAGGAUGCAGAAGUUGAGGGUUUCAAGUUGAGCUUGAUGAAAAGGUUCCAAGAUCUGAGAUAUGAUGUACCAUCAUGACUUUUACUUGAGGACAUAAAUGACGAGAUUUUCAACCCGCUUUUGUUAUGAUGGUUUGAAAAGGCAGGGGCUAAAAGACCCCCAUGAUUCGUGGUCCUGAUGGACGAUUUAAGGCUGUUAACUGGCGUCAUGCCCUUGCUUUGGUAUCAUAGAUUGCCCACCAAUAUGAAUUGGGAAAAGAAAUUGCACUUAAGUGCAACUGAUAACAAAUGGUGUUGGUUUCAAGGUAGAAUUCAAGUAAACCUUAUCGGCAAGGUCAUCUAAGGUUCUCAAGCAUGAAAAAAAUAGAAGGUUUGGGGUUACAGCGGGGAAAAACAUGUUGAUAUGCAUUUUGCCAGCAAUAGUUUUAGCUAAUUAUAAUCUAUUAACUUACUCCUUUCUAGUCGUUGAAGGCCUCGAUAGAGAACUGUGACCACUGAAAUUGCCUCCAUUGGAAUGAGAAGUCCUUUCAUUCAAAAGAA